AUGGGCCUUUGGAGAGGCUGCUGAUGUCGGCCCGGCUGCCGGCGGCUUGCGGGAAGCGCGGAGCUGCUUGCUUGGCGUCCGCGGCUCCUGCUACGGGCUGCCGCCGGGUUGCUCCUCCACCGCGGCUGCCCCCGACUGCGCUGCGCUCAUUUGUCCACUGCAGGGGCCAUGGCCUCUGCUGUACCACCCAACUUCUCCUGGGUGGCCCCCGGCAAGCUGGCCGGGCUGGCCAUGCCACGGCUCCCGGCGCAUUAUCGGUACAUGUACGAAGCCGGCAUCAGGCAGCUGGUAUCGCUCACGGAGCGCAGCCCGCCUUACCACGACACCUGCCCCGGCAUCCAGGUGCAUCGCGUCCGCAUCACAGACUUCUGCCCGCCGUCGCCCGAGCAGAUCCAGCGUUUCUUGCAGGUUGUGGAGGACGCCAAUGCCAAGGGAGAGGCGGUGGCGGUGCAUUGCAUGCUGGGAUUUGGCCGGACUGGAACCAUGCUGGCAUGCUACCUCGUGAAGACCCAGAAGAUUACCGGCGUGGAUGCCAUCCACAAAAUCCGUGAGCUGCGGCCCGGCUCCAUCGAGACGUCCGACCAGGAGAAAGCUGUCAUCCAGUUCCACCACCGCAUCAAAUAG